AUUUUAAGCCAAUCAUGUCAGCCCUGUGACGAACUUCCUGGUCACAUUUUCUCGUAGGUCCCAGUCAGUCCUCUUAUUAAUGGUUAUGUUUGCUUCUUCCUCGGUAACUAAGAAGGACAAGGCUUGAAAGAGGAGACUGAUAAUGACACGAAAGAGCAAAGCAUCUGCCUGGAGAAAAGUGUCACCCAGCUAACGUGGUGGGAGCCUGAUAAGAAGAGAAAUGCUAUUUACUCAGUGUUACGCCUAGCCCAAGGACGUACGAAGAAGGCAAACACAAGCGAGUCUGGGGACGAGGUGGAGGCUUUGGAUGGCAUUUCCCAAGGCUAGGAGAGGACUGUUAAAAUCCUAAAGACACAUGAGCUGGGACUACGUUUGGAUACCAUGUCCUGACUACAAAAGACUGAUUAUCUGCGGAUAAACUGCAGCAGCACGUCAGAAAUAAAGGCCUCCUCUGAUGGCUCUUUAAUCCAGCCAGAAACCUCCCCGACAGGCAGCGACGAGCUACGGUAAAGGGUGAGGUACUGAAGUAAACAUGGGGAAAAACCACUUUUGCUCAAUGCUGACGAGAAACCUUAAAAUGCUAAGCUAAUGUUGCGUUAUCGCAGAAUUUCCCUCUGCCGCUGCUCAGUAUGGCUCAGUCAAAAUACCACCACCGAGCAGCUGUGAUAGCGUGUGUCCCAGUCCUUUAGUGUUUCCUCCUCUCUUUUCUGUUCAAUAGGACGCUUUAUUCGCAAUUCAAGGGAUUUAUGGGAUCACAAGGUAACAUUUUCACCUCAAGAUGUGUCACUUUUGUUUCAGCAUGUGCCUGUCAGUUGUUUUUCGUGUUGUCUGCGUAUUACGGCGUUUAGUUCCCUUUGUUUACAGUCUGAAUCUUUGAACAGCUGAUACAUCCUCUGCUAAGCCGUUGUGCUGCCUGUUGUGUGUCUGUGUGUGCGUGUGUGUUUUGACGUGCUGCAGCCGCUGCAAAUAGCUUUAAAUGUAGUUUUUUUAAAAUGAUAUUUCAUUUGUACCAUAUUGCCUACCAUCCAAUUUGCAUGCAGAAAUAAACAGAAAUAGGUGUCAUGUUGUUUUUUUGCAUUUAGUUAUCAAAUAGGCUACCUUAAAAAUCAAAGAAUCACCACAACAGCCUAUAAGAGAAGAAAACAAUGCUGUAGCCUCGUCCAAGCGGUGUAAAGCAUUUUGAAUAGUGAUAUGAGGGUUUGAUUAACUGGGACAACUUCUUCAACUUGAUUUAUGUUCACAGAAGUAGUUGUGUUGAUCUGCCUUUGCUCAUGAACUAACAUGCUGAUGACUUUUGUGUGCCUCUCUGUGCAGUCUCUUCUGAUGAGAUGAGUGUGCGUGCUGGCCAGGGCAGUGAUGAGGUGCUGGUUUCACAGGCUGUGUGGGAUUACCUGGCUGCAGCUGGGCGGCCCUGGCUCAUUGACUUCCAGCACAAGCAGGGGAUGAGCGCUGGUAUCGUUAGGCGUGGAGAAAGGGGGGGCUGCUGUGCUGUGAGGCUGCAGCCGGUGGAAGGUUCCAGGAGUGCUGGAGCUGGUCUGAUGGAUGGGGCCAUCUCCAGUGAGACACGAAAAGCCUUCAUUGACUUAUGCCGCUGUGCCCGCAAAGAAAUGAGCAAACUGGAGGGGGGACCCAAAAGGAAGAGGGCUCUGCUACCUUGCGUGGGAGUCUUGGAGCCCAAUGGAGAGGGGAGCUUGCUCCAGCCUCCGCCUCCCCAGCCCCGACGCUCCCAGAGACAGCAGCAAAGGCUCAGAAAGCCUGCUGAUGAGGAGGCCUGUGUCAUGCUCCACGAGGCAGCACAGAGAAAGGAUAUGGACUCCAGCUUGGCUACCCAUGGUGAGGGAGAGGACACCAAAACUUGUUCUAUCUGCAUGGGGGACAUCGUUGAGAAAACCACCCUGGAGAAAUGUGGUCAUUCAUUCUGUCGCUCCUGCCUGGAUCAAGCCUUUAAGGUGAAGAAAGCUUGUCCUGUGUGUCGACUGGUGUAUGGCCAGUUGAUUGGGAACCAGCCUGCUAAUGGUACAAUGAUUGUAGAACGAGAUCCUGAUCUGGAGCUUCCAGGCCAUGAAGGCUUUGGAUGUAUCUGCAUCAUCUACAGUUUCCCUCCCGGCCUGCAGGCGGUAAGUACACACUCAGUAAGGGCCACUCUGUGUUAAUGGAUGAGUACUUGCCCUAUUGAUAACCAUCUAUGAGAUAAAAUACAGUUUCUCUAGACUAAUGGUACAAUAUUAUCAUUACAUAGAAGACAAAAAAAAAAAAAACAGCAAAAGAGACUAGUUUGUAGUUAAACUACUUUAUAAUGAGUUUUGUAGGUGAUACUUCCUGAAACAAUGUUUUUUUUUAAUUGUCCAGAGAAUUUGCUUGAUUUUUUCUUGAUAGGAAAUGUAUUUUCUAUCCUUGACCAAAAUGUGGGUCUUUUUCCGUUGAUUAUUAUCUUCUGCUGCUGUUUACUCAAACCUCAGUAUAAACUUGCUGAAAAUUGUAAAACACAGAAUCUGAAUCAGUGUCUCUCUCAGAUUACUUAGAGAGUUUUAUCGCACAGACAUCAGAUUUUAUUCUAUACUGUACGUAAAGGAUGUUUGCCCUCGCAAGGAAGUAUCAAACUUUGAAUAACAGUUAAUGGCAGUGCAGAUAAUCAAAUGAGCUUCAGCCCUAGGCUUUUGUGAUAGUUUUACUACCACAGUGAACACAGCCUACCUUUGCAAUUAGCAAACAAAAUCUCCCCUAUUAACAUUAUUGUAAAAAAAUUACGUACAUAUAUAUCUAACUAUUCUGUGUAUGUAUGCAAAUUUUAACUAAAAAAGGCUGGAUUGAGUCUCUGAGAAAGGAGGUUUUAUUCAAAGUCAGUUUUCUGGACUUAUCUGGACAAGACCUGGAGGAACAGCAUAUGAAAUCCAGAUUCCUUAGUAUGUUUGACCAAUCAUAAAACAAACUGUGUGCUGUCAGCACCCUCUACAAAGUCUGUUUAAUACCAGACUAAAGUGUGAACACAAAGUAUUAACAUGCAGAGGGGGUGGGUGUGUUAACAUCUUGAUUUUGAGGGGAGCUGAUGCUCUUGAUUCUGCUUUCCUGUAGAUCAUUUCAUUCUCGAAUUUGUUAAUUUCUGUUGCACAGAUAUCAUAAUGAAAGAAGUUAUCAUUACAAACCAGGACCCCUCUUUAUCGUCCAAUUUACAGCUAGUAAAAUUAGUCAGAUACAGUCAACUGUCUGCUCUUUGCUGCAUAUCCAAUAAGUCACUCUGAGCAAUAUCCAGACCAUGUCCUCCCAAAAGAUUUUAAAUGAAUAUUGACUCUGGCAUGGAUUUAGUCCAAUUUAUGGAUUUUAAAUUAUUUGUCAUAUUUUAUGAUAGAAACAGUGAUAACUUUUCUAAGCCGCUGUCUGAUUUAAGCCAUCACCUUUAAAUUCCAUGUCCUGGGUUGUUAAGGACAUUUUUAAUAUAGAUUUGUUGUCCAGACAGACACAAUCUCAGAUGAAUACUUUUUCUCAGAUUUCACCGAGACUUUUUUCCUCAGGCUCAGUGGUGCUCUCCAACAUGUUCUGUAAACUGACAGGUGUGCAGAAGGCUGGGGUUCCAUUUCCAAGGAAAGCAGCAGCUUGUUUUUAUUUAUAGACUUCAGGAUCUAAGCCUACUUUUAUUGUCUCCCUAGUUGGAAAAAUGGUGAGGAUCAGCUCUACUAGGGACGUAGAGCCGAGUCUCAGACACCAACAGGAAGAGAGGUGUUUUAUUUUCAGAAACACUUCUUUAUUCUAAACCUCUUUCAAUGCCUUUUUUCCUCAAUAGCCAGAGCAUCCCAACCCUGGGGUUCGGUACCCUGGAACAGACCGUGUGGCCUACCUCCCUGACAGCCCUGAGGGUAACCGAGUGCUGGGCUUGCUGCGCCGGGCCUUCGAACAGCGCCUUAUCUUCACCAUCGGUACCUCCAUGACUACGGGCAUGCAAAAUGUCAUCACCUGGAAUGACAUUCACCAUAAGACCUCAAUAUGGGGAGGGCCUCGCUGGUAUGUACAGCCUUUUGUCCACAGGCUUUGAUUUGAUGAUGGCUUUUGAUAGUUUCCUCAGAGAUGAGUUAGCAGAGAGGAGGGGUUUGGAAAGACAAGUGACCCUCAAGAAGGGAUAGGCUAUUGGAGCUGAAGUGUUGAUGUCUUCCCUUUCUGCUGACCAGAAAACAACAACAACAACAACAUUAGUCAACAGAGCUGUCAGUAAUGUCAGGAUUUGACAACAUAGAGAGAAUUAACUUUCCUGUUCAAUGUGGCAUAAAUCAGCUUAAAAAAUAAACAGAAUUCAUUUUAGAGAAAAAUGAUCUAACCUGUGUUUUAAUCCUACCAAUGUCUCAUCUGUAAACAUCGGGGAAAUGACUGAAGCUAGUCUGCAGGAGGGUGGAGGGUGGUUUCAAUGUUUUGACUUCACUUUCACUGUCUUUUAAUAUAGUCAAUAACGGAGAUGUUAGAUUUAAUUUCAUGGUAAGGAAUUGUUAUCAGCUGAUUUCCUUGGCUUAUGGCAAGCUUCUUGACUUGUGAGCUGAUGCAGAAGCACUGACGGCUGUUUUUAAUUCCUCCUGACAGUUUUGGCUACCCAGACCCUACCUACUUGGUGCGAGUGACAGAGGAGCUCAGAGAGAAAGGCAUCACGGCUGACUGACAGCAUGAAAACAGCAGACUCUUCCAAGUCUUUGUAAGACUACCUGAGUGCCCUUGUAGUGGACAGGACUCAGCCCGAGGUUGUUCUUGGAGACUGCCCGUCCUUUAAAGGAUGUCUGAAGACAAAGCCCUCAGCAGACAGGCGUUAAAUGCUGCAGAGUCCACCUCACUUCAGAACUUUUUCCUCUGUUUGUUCAUUUUCUUUUUCCUCAAGAGUUCAACCUAACCCAAUGCUACAUGUGGAAGACAAUACUCUGAGAGCUGUGCAUUCUUGUGUUGCACAAUCCUCUUCCCAUUGCUUUUUGCAAUAGGACAGAUAUGUGAUACGUUCCCUUACGAGCAUCAUGGUGUGUGUGAACUCAUGGUACUUAAAUAUCAUAAUUUAGGAUUUCUAAGUUUAAUGUUAUUAAGGCAGAUUAUGUUAUUAUCAUGUUUAUUUGUACUCUGGGGAUUCUAUUGUUUCUUAUAAGCACACAUUAUUGCUUUCACCUCCUCAGAAAUGUUUGUUGAGUUAUUGAGUCUCUAAUUUAAAUGUUACUAAUUACCUGUAGUAAGCAUAGUAUCUGGGUUAUAUAGGCUUCAAAAGAAAAAAAAAUCAUCUCCUGAAGUUUCUGCAAUCUUAAGCACUCAGUGGCACUUUGGUACGAUUUUUUUUCGUGUCCCUUUUGGAAGAGUGUUCGCGGUAAACAGGUUUGUGCAGCCAUCAGCAAUUAACUCUGUGGCUACAAGUUGAUGUCACUUGAAACUCUUCAUUUGCAUUGAUGUUCAAUCCCGCCCCCCAUAACCUUUACUGAAAUAGGGCGAAUGUUUACCAGUGUCUGAUUGCAGCACCUUUACUGUACUCGUUAUGACUUUCCCUGGGGUUUUCGUUCGACUAUCGUCACUCCUGUAAUUUUAAGAUGUCUCCCAGGUGUCGAGCUCAUUACCUCAGUUCUUAGUAAUGUGCUCCUCUAAUUACCAGAUUUAUGACGAUGUCAAAUACAAAGGGCAUACAGACCACUUAAACCAAAUCAAAGGCACAAACGCUCUUGGAAUAUCUAUGCCUCUGUUCCUGUCAAACUAGGAGAUUAGCCUGCUAAUGUUCUCAUUCAAAAUGAGCUAACUGUUGUAAAUUUGUUAUCUGAAAUGAUAAUCAACAUUGCACAGUGAAAAGAAAACAGAAGAAAAUGCUGAAGGAAAAACUGAUCAGAUUUAGGAUGGGGAUUUAAUCUCAUUUUGUUGUGCCUUUCUUAUAUUUACUUUUGAUAAAAAUCAAGCAUGACAUGACUAAAGAGUGGUUAGCAGUUUGGGCAUAUUUUGGUGUUAUUCGAUAGGUAAAAGCAUCAUGUUUGUUGCCAUACUACUUUAAGUACUAAACAGUUAAUUGAAUCGUGAAUAACUAUAUGAAAAUAGCUUCUCCUUGUUUACCAUUCUUAAGCUGCAAAUGCUGAACACCCAAAAGAAGAAGAAAUUGUCAAAGCUGUUCUGACAAAGUGCUUUGUUAAGUGCAGUAACCUGCUUAGCUAGUGCAGAUUUGUCAUUGAUUUGACUGGUCAGAUACCUACAUGACAUACCCUAUUACGAUCCUUCCAUGACCUUUGUAUUUUAGUUAAGGGACCAACUGACACAUUUUUUGGGACACAGGAUUGUAGUUUUCUAAAGCUACUGUGCAAACAUUUCUAUGCAUACACGUCUUGGAGGGGGGCCAAGAGAACUGAAAGUUGGCGAGUUUAAACAUACAACAAAACUGAUUGUUAAGGAAAAGUUAGAGUUUUGCUUUUCUAAUUGUGUUGUUGGUACUUUGUUGAUAUUCAGAAUAAUGUGCUUUACAUUUUAAUACUUGAAUAAAAAGUUAUGUUUAGGUUUGUGUUGGAUAUUUAAUGGAUGCUCCAAAUAAACCAGGUGCAAGAUAA